AUGUCCUCCAAGGAGCCGGAGAUAGCAGUCAUCGGAGCCGGCUUUGGUCGGACCGGCACAAGCUCGUUAAAGAUCGCCCUAGCACAACUCGGCUUUGGUCCGUGCAAUCAUAUGACAGAAGUGGUAAAGGAUACGGCCAGGUGUCUAGGCUUCAUCCGCGCAUAUCACGGCAAACCCACAGACUGGCGGAGCCUCAUGCGUGCCUGGGGAGCAACAGUCGACGACCCGACGUCCGACUUCGUGCCCGAACUGAUGGCUGCCUACCCCAAUGCCAAAGUCGUGCUGACAGUCCGCGACAGCGCCGAAGCGUGGUGGGCGUCUUUCCAGAGCACGAUAGCAAGAUUCGAUUCCCCCUUGAGCGGGCUGCUGGUGUUUAGCAUCCCGCAAUUCUUUAUUGCCUGGCGGCUUGGGCGAGAAGUGCGCGCUUUCCGUCGAAGGACGUAUGGGUCCCACGACGCCCAAGGGUAUGAGAAACAUAAUGCGCGCAUGAUCGCCCUCGUUGCGAAGGAGAGGAUGCUCGUGUACAAUGUCAAGGAGGGAUGGGCGCCGUUAUGCGAGUUCCUGGGCGUGCCCGUUCCCGAGGGCCCGUUCCCGAGGACGAACGAGACGAAGGACAUGAUCAGGAUUAUGUGGACAAUUCGCGCUGUUGGGGCGGCGGCUUGGACUCUGGAGCUCGGACUGAUCGCGUUGCUCAUUAGGCAAUCGAUCAGAGGAGGAUGGUGGCGAAUGUUGGACGUGAGAAGGUUUGUGGGAGAAUUGUGA